AUGCCUGAACCUGCAAAGUCCGCGCCCGCCCCAAAGAAGGGCUCCAAGAAGGCCGUGACCAAGGCCCAGAAGAAGGACGGCAAGAAGCGCAAGCGCAGCCGCAAGGAGAGCUACUCGGUGUACGUGUACAAGGUGCUGAAGCAGGUCCACCCCGACACCGGCAUCUCUUCCAAGGCCAUGGGCAUCAUGAACUCGUUCGUCAACGACAUCUUCGAGCGCAUCGCGGGCGAGGCGUCGCGCCUGGCGCAUUACAACAAGCGCUCGACCAUCACGUCCCGGGAGAUCCAGACGGCCGUGCGCCUGCUGCUGCCCGGCGAGCUGGCCAAGCACGCUGUGUCCGAGGGCACCAAGGCUGUCACCAAGUACACCAGCUCCAAGUGAGCGCGCCCAUCUCGCUCUUAACCCAAAGGCUCUUUUCAGAGCCACCCACAAUGUCUUAUGAAAUAGCUGUUACAUGUAUUAGUCUUUUAUGUUGAAUAUGCUGAUGUCGCAGCAUAAGAUAAAAUGCCACAUAGCAUGAACUAUGGAAGGUCAGUUAUGUAAGUGCUUUGAAAUUAUGUUGA